GAGAGCGAGCAAGGAGCGAGCCACGGAGAGAGCCGGGAAGCGAGCGAGCCAGCCUGCGAGCGGCCGCGGAGGCUCGGGACCGGGCUGGCCGCGCUGCGCCGCAACCGCCCCCUCCCCCACACCCCCUCCCCCCCGCGGCGGCGGCGCGAGCGGGCGGCGGCUGUGCGGUGCGGUGCAGAGCGGAGGCGGAGGCGGGCGCGCGGGCAGCUCGCGGGCACCCGGCCGGGCCGGCGCGGGAGCGGGAAAGGGUGCGCUAUGCCUUUAACGCCCGCGUACAGUAGGCAUGUAUAGUGGAGUGUAGGGAAACUCUAGGCGGGGUUAAAGUUCAGCUCAUGGAGCGGCAAUAGCGCUGGCUGGCUGCAGUUGAGCCGACUUGGAAAUGUGAACGCAAGAAGCAGGCUUGAUUUUUUUUUCUCCCCCCUUCUCUCUCUCUCUCUCUCUCUCUCUCCCUCUCUCCCUCUUUCUCUUCUCUCACCCACACUCACGCACACCUCCAAACCGCACACCCAGACGCACACGCAUACCCCAGCGCCCGGCAGUUAUGUAUUCUCCGCUCUGUCUCACCCAGGAUGAAUUUCAUCCUUUCAUCGAAGCACUUCUGCCCCACGUCCGAGCCUUUGCCUACACAUGGUUCAACCUGCAGGCCCGAAAACGAAAAUACUUCAAAAAACAUGAAAAGCGUAUGUCAAAAGAAGAAGAGAGAGCCGUGAAGGAUGAAUUGCUAAGUGAAAAACCAGAGGUCAAGCAGAAGUGGGCAUCUCGACUUCUGGCAAAGUUACGGAAAGAUAUCCGACCCGAAUAUCGAGAGGAUUUUGUUCUUACAGUUACAGGGAAAAAACCUCCAUGUUGUGUUCUUUCCAACCCAGACCAGAAAGGCAAGAUGCGAAGAAUUGACUGCCUCCGCCAGGCAGAUAAAGUCUGGAGGUUGGACCUUGUUAUGGUGAUUUUGUUUAAAGGUAUUCCGCUGGAAAGUACUGAUGGCGAGCGCCUUGUAAAGUCCCCACAAUGCUCUAAUCCAGGGCUCUGUGUCCAACCCCAUCACAUAGGGGUUUCUGUUAAGGAACUCGAUUUAUAUUUGGCAUACUUUGUGCAUGCAGCAGAUUCAAGUCAAUCUGAAAGUCCCAGCCAGCCAAGUGACGCUGACAUUAAGGACCAGCCAGAAAAUGGACAUUUGGGCUUCCAGGACAGUUUUGUCACAUCAGGUGUUUUUAGUGUCACUGAGCUAGUAAGAGUGUCACAGACACCAAUAGCUGCAGGAACUGGCCCAAAUUUUUCUCUCUCAGAUUUGGAAAGUUCUUCAUACUACAGCAUGAGUCCAGGAGCAAUGAGGAGGUCUUUACCCAGCACAUCCUCUACGAGCUCCACAAAGCGCCUCAAGUCUGUGGAGGAUGAAAUGGACAGUCCUGGUGAGGAGCCAUUUUAUACAGGCCAAGGGCGCUCCCCAGGCAGUGGCAGUCAGUCAAGUGGAUGGCAUGAAGUGGAGCCAGGAAUGCCAUCUCCAACCACACUGAAGAAGUCGGAGAAGUCUGGUUUCAGCAGCCCCUCCCCUUCACAGACCUCCUCCCUGGGAACGGCGUUCACACAGCAUCACCGACCUGUCAUUACAGGACCCAGAGCAAGUCCGCAUGCAACACCAUCGACUCUUCAUUUCCCGACAUCACCCAUUAUCCAGCAGCCUGGGCCUUACUUCUCACACCCAGCCAUCCGCUAUCACCCUCAGGAGACGCUGAAAGAAUUUGUCCAACUUGUCUGCCCUGAUGCUGGUCAGCAGGCUGGACAGGUGGGGUUCCUCAAUCCCAAUGGGAGCAGCCAAGGCAAGGUGCACAACCCAUUCCUUCCCACCCCAAUGUUGCCACCGCCACCGCCACCACCGAUGGCCAGGCCUGUGCCUCUGCCGGUGCCAGACACAAAGCCUCCGACCACGUCAACAGAAGGAGGUGCAGCCUCCCCCACGUCACCAACCUACUCGACACCCAGCACCUCCCCCGCAAACCGAUUCGUCAGUGUUGGACCACGGGAUCCAAGCUUUGUAAAUAUCCCUCAACAGACACAGUCCUGGUACCUGGGAUAAAAGUUGCAGCGUCCCACCAUCCACCAGACAGACCACCUGACCCCUUCUCAACUCUGUAACACGGACGCAACCUCAACCCAGCGCAGUUACAACUUCACUGUCAGUGGAAGGGGAGAAAAACCGAUUCAAAUCAACUUGUACAUGGAAACAGCAAGCAUUAUGGUCAAACAACAAAGGCCAUAACCUUUUGGGAUUUUUUUUUAAAAAAAUACUUUAGGGACUGUUGUAAUUUCUCAUAUGGUGCUGGAAAUGGUUGGGCUUUGUAACAUUUGAAGUGUUUCCAUGGUAGCGUGAGCAUUAGGUGACGUGGCUAGCAGAGGACUACCCUUGCUCACUGACUUCCUGUUGUAACACACUUUCCUUACGGAGCCUGGCUGUUUCACAGUAUUUCAUGAAUUUACCCACACAGGUGUGAUCCUCCUUGAGCAUUGAGGAGGCACAUGGAGAACUAAAUCUUUUGUAGUAGCUGAGAUCUGCAAUAUAUAACUUACGGGACAGUCAAAGGGCAAUGUUUUUCUGUAACAUAUUGGAAAAAGAAAAUGCAGUUAUAUUCCUUUUUUAUUUGUUCUUUUAGUUCGUUUUGGUUCAGCAGUCAGCAGUUAAGUAUAUAACAUGGCCCGCAAGGACAAUGAAUCCACUCACAUUGCAGAACAAUUCCGAAAAUGGCAAACUACUACUACUACUGUUCAGUUUUUUAAAAGUUUUGAAAUGCUGCACUUACAUUAAAAACAACAACAACAACAUUUUUUCAACAAUUUCAACAAUGACACAAAAAUUCACAUGGAAAUGGGGAAGAUGGUCUGUUUUGACAGAAACUGACAGGAAUCAAUGAAAACAAUCGAAUUUUGAAUUGAGUAAAGUGCAAUUUCAUUGGAUAGCUGAAUAUCUUUAUAAGAUAGAGAUUGUUGAAAAUUCUAUUUUUGUUUUUCAAGUCCUUUCACCCCAGGACUCUAAAUUAUUGGGGUAAAAAACAGCCUUGCAAGAAAAAGGGGAGCUAUUUUUGCUUUUUAUGUUUUUUAUUGUUAAACUUGUAUCCCUUUAAAAACUGAAGGAAAUUUAAAAAAAAAAAACAAAAAAACAAAUCUAAUGGUGCUUUUACCACAAUAUGUUAACUACAUUAAAUGCUAAUUAAUUAUUUUCUGUUAUCAAAGCACAUGACUAAAAUGAAAUCAUGGUAUCUGUUAAUUUUAUAAGCUAGAAGUCACUAUAAUGGAUUAUGCCAAUUCUAAAAAAUUUUACACCUAUCUGGCAUCAUAGGAUUUAUCAGUUAUCAGACACCUCAUUGUACCAGAGAUUGUCCAGAAGUUUUAAAGACCUUUGCAUCCCUGAACUGGGCUAUGGGAAAUAAUAAUAGUAAUAAUAAUAAUAAGAAUAAUAAACCAAUACUGACACAAAUGCUGGUGCCCAUUCAGAUCAAGGGUACUUGUUAGGGAAAAAAAAAAGUUUGCACCCCCAAAUGUCCUGUAUCUUAUGAAAAAAAAAAAACAAAAACAAAAACAAACAAAAAAAAAAACAAAAAACCACAGAAACAAAAACAAAAAAAAGUGCAAGUGAUUUUUCUACCAGACAGCGAAGCACCCCUUUGCUUCCCAUGCGACUUCAAGAAGGUUUCCUAUACUAUACAUAUAUAUACGUUCUGGUUGGCAAGCCUGCUGAUCAGAGAAAGUCUCUGCAUGUUCUAGUGUUAGUAACUAAUUUUUAUAUAGUUAAUGUAGGAUAAAGUAGAGUGCAUUAAGACACAAUAUUGUAAUCCCUACUCUAGGCACUUGCCUUUAAACUAUGUUUUUCAGCCCUUCAGAAGGGUUCUACUACUGUCCUAUACAAUCAAGUAACUGAAAUUCUUGGGAAGACACUUUGCUCCUCAUCUUUCCCCCCGAAACAAUGUUGUUUUGUUUUGUUUUUUUUCCUUAAUUUGCACGAAAACAAAAAUUCCAUAUCAAUGUGCCUUGCCCUGGAUAGCGAUUAUUUGUGGAAUUGUUGCACAUGCUCCUCUAUUGAAAGGGGUUUUUCCCUAGUCAAGCAUUUGGAGACACUUUUUGUAAAUGUGACUUUUAUGUCAGCCAUCGUCAGUUUCAACAUCUAGAACUAAAUAGAAAGCUAGUUGUUCCGCAGAUAGGAGUAGUCUUUAUUGUCCUGUACGGUCGGUGGCAGUGCUAUUCUGAGAUCUGUAGAUGCUUAGAAUAUCAGUAUUUUGGAUGUUGCUGCAUUUUACAAUUUAUUUGGAGUCUUCCUUUAUUUUCCCCCAGAUAUAUGAAAAUAUGCAAUACCUGCUUAUAUCAUGUAGAAAAGCUUAGCAAUUAUUAAUUUUUCUUUUAUUUUUUUUUUAUUUGACCAAAGUCGGUGCUGCACUUGACGCAGUGUGUUUUAGGUGUUUGUCUUUGUACUUUUUUGUGAUUUUUGAAUGCACGUGCGCAGGAAGGGCUCCUCUUAGAGAAGCAGUCAAACUGUGAAGCACUAAGCUGACCCUGCUUCAAGCAAUUUUGUUUUUACAACUGUUCCUUUCACAAGCAAGCCUUAAAAAAAAAAAAAAAGACAACUUCCUUUUUCUUCAGCUCCCACACCCCAUUUUUCUUAGCAGACUGCAGUCAAUCCACAUUCAAUAAAAAGUAUAUGAUGCCCAUUUUUAUAUGCACGUUUUUAAACUUCCAAGUUCUGAAAAUUGUUUACUGGUUAUCUCUAUUUAAGGAAAAAAAAAUAAAAUAAAACAUUUUGGAUUUUCAUAUGUGUCUGAUAAGUGGUUGAAUAGUCGUUUGGCGCUGUUGUAUGGUGUGAUUGUCAGUGUAUGGUGUCACUUCCUAUAGCCAGCCAGCAUACUUUGCCUUCCCCUAUAGCACUUAGCUGGGCAUUACUUUAUUAUGACAUAUGUGCACUAAAAAAU